GGGCUCUGAGUCACGGCCCGUGGUGCCCCUGGAGCGGCCGGCGGGAGGGAGGCCCUAACGGCAAGAGGGAGGGGGGUCACGUUCACCCCUGAGGCGCUUUGCCUGGAGGAGGGUGGGGGGGGCCACAGGGGGUGGAGGUGGGACUAGGUGGGGUGGCCCUGGCUCUGCCCACUGGCUCCUCGGGAGAAGGGGAGGGUCCCGGGUCCCUGGCUUUGGGGCCUCGGGUCAGUUGGGACAGAGCGAUUCUGGGGAGUUGAGGCAGAGGCCAGCUCUGGGGUUCACCAGGGGACACUCGUCUAGGGAGCAGGCAGUGCGGGGGCCUGGGAGCCUGUCCCUGCUUAGCCGUGGUUGGGUGUCCCCCAGGGGAAGGGGGUCAACUGACGCAGACCUCAGUAUCCAUCUGGAAAAUGGGGGCAGGGGUGCCAGGCAAAGCCCAGAGUGGGGAACGCAGUGGACGUUAAUUAAGCACCUACUGUGUGCCUGACCGUGCCACUUGACCUUCCCUCUUCUUCCUCUUCUGCUGCUUCUCCCUUCCUCCCCCCUUCCCAAUCCCCCCUUCGCCUCAUCCCUCCCCCUCCUCCUCCUGUCUUCUCCCUCCUCCCUGUUGUCAUAACUGUCAUUUAUUAACACUUACUGUAUGCUACCCAGCCCUUUCCGGUCAUUUUUACUUAGUGCUCACGACAGCUGUGAUAAUAUGUUCUGAAUAACUUAUCUUUCAUAAUAUAAAUGAUUAAUCUAGAACCUGACCAAUAAACCUUUAUUUGACCCUUUAUAGACCCGGGAACAGUGACGAGCCUGGAUUCUGACUUUGUGAUUACAUGUUGCCAUCCUUUUUAAGUUUCUUUUACCUAUCUAUCUAUCUAUCUAUCUAUCUAUCUAUCUAUCUAUCUAUCUAGAGAGUAGGGGAGGGACAGAGAGAGAGGGAGAGAACCCCAAGCAGGCUCCGUGCUGUUAGCCCAGAGCCAGACACGGAGCUCAGUCUCGCGAACCACGAGCUCCUGACCUGAGUCGCAAUCAAGCGUCGGACGCUCAACCGACUGAGCCACCCAGGUGCCCCGUAUCACCCUUUUUUAACACCCGUGAAGCCCCUGGUCCGGCUUCAAGCCCCCUGCGUGUGAUGUCCGUGAAGGUCAUGACCGUCCUAGGAGGCAGGUUUGGUUGUGGCCAUUUAAGUGGUUAAGAACUCAGAACCGUCCGGGUCUGGGCUGGGGGCUGAUCGGGAGCCACAUCCGGCCAAGCAGUCCCCUCUCUCCAUCUGGGAAAGGAGGGUGGGGGCGCGCAACUGUCGCCUGUGCCGCAUUUGCUCAAAUGUCCGUGCGUGUCUCGAUCGUACGUGCCUGGAUCGCAAUCCGGGACAGCGUGGAAGGCGCUGAAGAUGCGUCCGACUCAGCACGGCCGGCCCAGAGUAAGGCCCCCGACGGUAGCUGCCUCUGUCCCUAACGAACACAACCCCGGUCUUCGAUCCGGAAGCUUUGGGGGCCGGGCGUGUUUCAGAACUCCGGGUCCUCUCAGGGGUUCCGGGAAAGGGAUGCGGGACGUCACGUGACACCCUGCUCCCCUCUCCACGGUCCGCCUCCAGAAGGGUCACGUCACGUGGGCAAACUGUGGCUCUCCCCGAGAGCGCCGUAAUCACUUUUGGUCAGGGUUUGCUACCAAAAGGGUUAGGAAGGCGUUGGCGGCCUUCCGGGCGCCUUCUGAGCGCGGGAGCUGCACGUAGAGGUUUUAUGGGCCUUUAUGGCUCCUUCGAGAAGAGUUUUCAUUCCGUUCCGCGGACGCGUGCAGAUGGGGAGAGCGAGGCCGGAGAAAGCAAGCCCCGGGUUGCACGGCAGAGCCCGGCGGAGGCUGGGAUUCGAACGUAGGUGGCGGCCACGUCCAGGUGAAGCGUUCUCUCUGGCCGCGCCGGCACCCAGUGCCCUGUGCGUCAGCCCUGCCCUGCACCAGCCCCUUGUUAACCUCUGUUCUUCCCUUCCCACCUCGCCCGGCCUCCAGCUCCACGUGCAAGAAGCUUCUGGCAACCACUUGAGCCCGGAGCCCACGCAGCCGGCCCCCAGCGUGGACCUAGACUUCCUGGAAGAUGCCAUCCUGGGCUCGCCUGCUGCGGGGGGCGGCGGCGGGGGCGGAGGGGGCGCCGACCAGCCCUGCGACAUCCUCCAGCAGAGCCUCCAAGAGGCCAACAUCACUGAGCAGACCCUCGAGGCCGAGGCCGAGCUGGACCUGGGCCCCUUCCAGCUGCCCACCCUGCAGCCCGCGGACGGCGGGGCGGGCCCGGCGGGGGCCGGAGGGGCCGCGGCCGUGGCCGCUGGGCCCCAGGCCCUGUUCCCGGGGGGCACCGACCUGCUGGGGCUGCAGGCCCCCCCCGCCGUGCUGACCCACCAGGCCCUGGUGCCGCCCCAGGACGUGGUCAACAAAGCGCUGAGCGUCCAGCCCUUCCUGCAGCCCGUGGGCCUGGGCAAUGUGACCCUCCAGCCCAUCCCGGGCCUCCAGGGCCUGCCCAAUGGCAGCCCUGGGGGCGCCGCGGCGGCCACGCUCGGCCUGGCGCCCAUCCAGGUGGUGGGCCAGCCGGUCAUGGCACUCAACCCGCCCACCUCCCAGCUCCUGGCCAAGCAAGUGCCCGUCAGCGGCUACCUGGCCUCUGCGGCCGGCCCCUCGGAGCCGGUGACCCUGGCGUCGGCCGGCGUCUCGCCCCAGGGGGCGGGCCUGGUCAUUCAGAAGAACCUCCCCACCGCCGUGGCCACCACACUCAACGGGAACUCGGUGUUCGGAGGGGCCGGGGCCGCCCCCGCAGCGGCCGGCGGGGCGCCCUCGGCGGCCCCCGGCCUCGGCACGUCGCCGCUGGUCCCGGCGCCCAACGUGAUCCUGCAUCGCACGCCCACGCCCAUCCAGCCCAAGCCCGCCGGCGUGCUGCCCCCCAAGCUCUACCAGCUCACCCCCAAGCCGUUCGCCCCCGCGGGCGCCACGCUCACCAUCCAGGGCGAGGCGGGGGGCCUCCCGCAGCCGCCCAAGGCCCCCCAGAACCUGACUUUCAUGGCAGCGGGCAAGGCCGGCCAGAACGUGGUGCUGUCGGGCUUCCCGGCGCCGGCCCUGCAGGCCAACGUCUUCAAGCAGCCUCCGGCCACCACGACGGGGGCCGCCCCGCCUCAGCCGCCCGGGGCCCUGAGCAAGCCCAUGAGCGUCCACCUCUUGAAUCAGGGCAGCAGCAUCGUCAUCCCCGCCCAGCACAUGCUGCCGGGCCAGAACCAGUUCCUGCUGCCGGGGGCGCCCGCCGUCCAGCUGCCCCAGACGCUGUCGGCCCUGCCCACCAACGUCGGCGGGCAGAUCCUGGCGGCCGCGGCCCCCCACGCGGGUGGACAGCUCAUCGCAAACCCCAUCCUCACCAACCAGAACCUGGCGGGCCCGCUGAGCCUGGGCCCCGUGCUGGCCCCCCACUCGGGGGCCCACAGCGCCGCCCACAUCCUCUCGGCCGCCCCCAUCCAGGUGGGCCAGCCGGCGCUCUUCCAGAUGCCCGUGUCGCUGGCCGCGGGCAGCCUGCCCACGCAGAGCCAGCCGGCGCCCACGGGCCCCGCGGCCACCACCGUCCUCCAGGGGGUCACCCUGCCUCCCAGCGCCGUGGCCAUGCUCAACGCCCCCGACGGGCUGGUGCAGCCGGCCCCCCCGGCCGCCACCGGGGAGGCCACGCCCGUCCUCGCGGUGCAGACGGCACCCCAGGCGCCACCGGCCGCCAGCACACCGCUGCCUUUGGGCCUCCAGCAGCCACCGGCGCAGCAGCCCCCCCCCCAGACCCCCGCCCCUCAGGCCGCCGCCCCGCCUCAGGCCACCACCCCCCAGCCCAGCCCGGGCCUGGCGUCCAGCCCAGAGAAGAUCGUCCUGGGACAGCCACCCUCUGCCGCCACCGCGGCCAUCCUCACUCAGGACUCCCUGCAGAUGUUCCUGCCGCAGGAGAGGAGCCAGCAGCCCCUCUCCGCAGACGGCCCCCACCUCUCCGUGCCCGCCUCGGUCAUAGUCAGCGCCCCGCCUCCCGCCCAAGACCCAGCCCCGACCACCCCCACCGCCAAAGGAGCUGGCCUCGGCCCUCAGGCCCCCGACAGCCAGGCUUCCCCGGCGCCGGCCCCCCAGAUCCCGGCAGCGGCUCCACUCAAGGGCCCAGGCCCCUCCUCGUCCCCGUCACUACCUCACCAGGCCCCUCUGGGAGACAGCCCCCACCUGCCCUCCCCACAUCCCGCCAGGCCCCCCUCCCGCCCGCCCUCCCGCCCCCACUCCCGCCCGCCCUCAGAGCCCACCCUGCACCCUUGCCCCCCGCCCCAGGCGCCCCCGACUCUGCCCGGCAUCUUUGUCAUCCAGAACCAGCUGGGGGUCCCGCCACCGGCCGGCACCCCGGCCCCCACGGCCCCAGGCCCGCCGCAGCCCCCGCUGCGCCCCCCCUCCCAGCCCCCGGAGGCGCCGCUGCCCCCGGCUCCCCACCUCCCGCCCGCCUCGGCCCCCUCUGCCGUGGCCUCCACGGACGCGUCCGCCAGGCUGCAGGCCCCGACACCGCCUGACUUCCAGCUGCAGUUCCCGCCCGGCCAGGGGCCCCACAAGUCCCCCACGCCCCCUCCGACCCUCCACCUGGUCCCUGAGCCCGCAGCGCCCCCCCCACCGCCUCCUCGGACCUUCCAGAUGGUGACCGCCCCCUUCCCGGCGCUGCCCCAGCCGAAGGCUCUGCUCGAGAGAUUUCACCAGGUGCCGUCCGGAAUCAUUCUCCAGAACAAGGCCGGGGGGGCCCCCGCCGCCCCGCAGACCUCCGCCAGCCUGGGGCCCCUCGCCAGCCCCACCGCCUCGGUGCUGGUCAGUGGGCAGGCCCCAUCCGGGACCCCCACCGCCCCCAGCCAUCCCCCUGCCCCGGCACCCAUGGCCACCGCAGGCCUCCCUCCUCUGCUUCCUGCCGAGAGCAAAGCUUUUGCCAGCAACCUCCCGACCCUGAGCGUGGCCAAGGCCGCCGCGGCUGGGCCGGGGAAGUCUUCUGGGCUGCAGUUCGAGAGCAAGUCGAGGAAGCCCCCCACCCUUCAGCCCAGCAAAGAAGCCUGUUUCCUGGAACAUUUGCACAAACAUCAGGGCUCCGUCCUGCACCCUGACUACAAGACAGCCUUCCCCUCCUUCGAGGAUGCCCUGCAUCGCCUCCUGCCCUACCACGUCUACCAGGGUGCCCUCCCCUCCCCCAACGACUACCACAAAGUGGAUGAGGAGUUUCAGACGGUCUCCACGCAGCUGCUGAAACGCACCCAGGCCAUGCUGAAUAAAUACCGCCUUCUGCUCCUGGAGGAGUCCCGGAGGGUGAGCCCCUCAGCGGAGAUGGUCAUGAUCGACCGAAUGUUCAUUCAGGAGGAGAAGACCACUCUUGCCUUGGACAAACAGCUGGCCAAGGAGAAGCCCGACGAGUACGUGUCUUCCUCGCGCUCUCUUGGCCUCCCCAUCGCCGCCUCUUCCGAGGGACAUCGGCUCCCCGGCCACGGCCCACCGCCGGCCUCGGCGUCCGGGGCCCCCGCCCAGCCCCCUCUGCACCUGCCCACCAAGCUGGUGAUCCGGCACGGAGGGGCGGGUGGCUCGCCUUCCGUGACCUGGGCUCGGGCGUCCUCCUCCCUGUCCUCCUCCUCCUCCUCUUCCGCCGCCUCCUCCCUGGACGCCGACGAGGACGGCCCGAUGCCCUCCCGCAACCGGCCUCCCAUCAAGACCUACGAGGCCCGCAGCCGCAUCGGCCUCAAGCUCAAGAUCAAGCAGGAAGCCGGGCUCAGCAAGGUGGUCCACAACACGGCCCUGGACCCUGUGCACCAGCCGCCGCCCCCCGCCGCCCUCAAGGCAGCCGAGCCCCCGCCCCGGCCGCCGCCGCCGCCGCCGCCCCCGCCGCCCCCGCCGGCCACCGGCCAGAUGAACGGCACGGUGGACCACCCGCCGCCGGCGGCCCCCGACCGCAAGCCGGCGGCGGCCCUGGCCCCGCACUGCCCGCGGCUGCCCCUGCGGAAGACGUAUCGCGAGAACGUGGAGGCCCCGGGCAGCGGGGCGGGGGAGGGGGCCGGGGCCGGCAGAGCCCGGGGCGGCAGCCCGGCGCCACCGCCUCCGCCGCCCGCCAAAGUGGACGAGGCCACCAGCGGGCUCAUCCGCGAGCUGGCCGCGGUGGAGGACGAGCUGUACCAGCGCAUGCUGAAGGGGGCCCCGCCGGAGCCCGCGGCCAGCGGCGGCCAGGGCAGCGGCAGCCGGGAUCCCGCCUGGGAGGCGCCUCCCGCCAAGCGGCGCAAGUCCGAGUCGCCCGACGUGGACCAGGCCAGCUUCUCCAGCGACAGCCCGCAGGACGACACGCUCACGGAGCACCUCCAGAGCGCCAUCGACAGCAUCCUGAACCUCCAGCAGGCCCCGGGUCGGACACCUGCACCCCCGUACCCCCACGCCGCCCCGACGGCCGUCGCGCCCGCCUCCCCGUCGCCGCUGCACAGGCCCGAGGCCUACCCGCCCUCCAGUCACAACGGCGGCCUCGGCGCCAGGACGUUGAACAGAUAACACCGGGCUGGUCUUCCCUUCCCCUGUCCCGCCUCCCCAGGUCCGCGCGGACGCCGGGGUGGGGGGCCCGGCCGGGCGUCUGACCUCAGCCUCCUGGGGGGGGGGACACGAGCCGCCGGGGAUCCCCCGACAGUUUUUCUUGCCUAAGUUAUUUGAGUCACAAAGGCCCCCUCCCCCACUUCCCGCGCCAGCCGGGCUUGUUGGGUGUGGGGUCGGGGGACUUCGGGGAGGGGGCUGUGAUGUAAAAUGCACCCCCCUGCCAAAGGUGGGGGCGAUCCCGGUGUUUCGUCAUUUCCUAUUUCUUCCCGCUUUCCUGCCACGCUCUGCCCCACCGUCGGGGGGUGGGGGUGGGGGGCACGUGUGCGUUUGCCGGGGAUGCGGGUACCCUGGUUGCUCCCCACGCGUGUCCCCGGACUGGGCUCGUCCGCGUGGCUUCACAGACCCACGCGCCGAGGGCGCUCAAAGCUGGGGGGGGGGGGCUGGGGGAGGGGGGCCCCUGCCAGCCUCGCUCAGCCCCUCUCUCUCUCUCUCUCUAGCGCCCCCCACAGGCUGUAAGAAGAACCACAGGGUAGGGCGGGCGUCAGCCAGCGUGGGGGGGGGGGGGGGGGGCCCUCUCGCAGGGCUGUGCCCGCGGGCGCCAUGUCACAUCCGCGUGUGUGCGUCCAGCUCCAUGUCCUGUGUCCCCCCCCGUGUGUGUGCUCGAGUGAGCAAGAGAGAGAGAGAGAGAUUUCGAACCCUCCCGUCCCUCGACUUAAAAUCCGAGCACCUCCCAAACAGGAAACCGGGGUCUCCCUCCCACCCAGCCCCCCACCCCCACCCCCACCCCAGCCAGUCUUCCCAAUGUUCUUCCUGCCGCCAGCCACCCGCGCCAGAUUUUGAAAUCUCGGACACAGAACUAGUACUGUAAGAUAAAUUUUUUUGUACUGUAUUUAUUGUGUAUAACGAUUUUUUUAAAGGAGAAUUCUGUACAUUUAGAACUCUUGUAAAUUAAAAAACUGAUCCUUUUUUUAAAACUG